AAAUCUGAGCUAAUUUAUUAUUCAUUGAGUUCAUGAAAUCACACAUACCACAUGAAAUGGAGCAUGAUGUUGGGGUUAACAAAUUGCAGCUUCAUCAUGGUGCAUCCAAUUCUCUAACAUCUGAGCAAAUGUUCCCUCUCUUAACCAAUGAAAGAGAGGGUUCUCAAAAUCUACAGCAUUUGCAGGAAACUAAUGAAGAAUUGCCAGAGUUAUUGGAUUAUGCUUCAUAUCUUAUUCAUUUGGCCGUUUUUGGUAUUCUUGGGGUAUUAACUAGAUAUAUAUUGGACAAGCUAUUUGGUCCUAGUGUUGGUAAUGUGACUAGUGACAAAACCAUUCUUUAUCUUGACCUUCCUUCUAAUAUGGUUGGUUCUUUUCUGAUGGGUUGGUUUGGUGUUGUAUUCAAACAAGACAUAUCAAAUGUGUCUGAGUAUCUGGCUGUUGCACUCACAACUGGUUACUUAGGGAGUCUAACAACGUUUAGCGGCUGGAAUCAGAAAAUGCUCGAACUCGGCGUUACCGGAAAUUGGCUCUUUGCUGUUCUUGGAUAUCUAAUAGGGCUUUUUCUUGUCGCGUUUUCGAUCAUAUUCGGUAUAGAAACAGCUAAGGGUUUCAAGUGGCUUCUCAGAAGGCCAAACACGAGCUCGAGAAGUGAAACUAGUAGAGACAAGAUCAAUGUAAAGGUGAAAAGUUUCAAGAAACAGUUGGUGGUUAUGGUGGUGUUAUUGCUGGUUUUAGGCUUUUUAUGGUGUGUUAGUGGUGUGUUAAUGAUUUCUGAGUUCAAGAAUGAUGAAAAUUCUUUUCUGUGGAUUGCUUGCAUAGUUGGGCCUCUUGGUGUGUGGAUUAGGUGGCUUUUGGCUCCAUUGAAUAGACAUGGAUUAGGAUCAAGAGGUUUGUUGAACUGGAUUCCAUUUGGAACUUUGAUUGCAAAUGUCUCUGCUGCUUGUAUCAUGGCUGCACUUGCUACAACAAAGAUAUAUGUGAACACCAGAGAUUGUGAUACUAUUAUAAAAGGAAUACAAUUUGGUUUGUUGGGUUGUUUGAGUACUGUCUCUACCUUUGUUGCUGAGUUCAAUGAAAUGAGAGAAAGCAUGCAUCCUUGGAGAGCAUAUGUUUAUACUGUAAUCACAAUAUGUUCCUCAUUCUUUUUAGGGAUCUUAAUCUUCUGUAUACCUAUUUGGAGAAUAGAUGACGGAUUGCGCAAUUUCGAGAACUAGAUUAUAGCGUUGCGGAAUUUGAACAAACGGCUAUUGUUCUGCAACCCGAAACAAAGUAAGCUCGUAAUGUAAAUUUUGAUUUAUUUGUCAAGUAUGAUACAAAUAUGAUAGAUACUAUAAAUCUUAUAGACAUGCAAUUUGUUUAUGAUUUACGCGAUGAACGAUACUUGUAAGAAGCGUAAACACCGAGCGCUACGACAAGAAUUGUUGCACCAGUGUAAAUUAGCUUUUGUUUAUCUU